AUGGAGGCCUACAACUAUCGGCCCCUAGACGUGAGCAGAUGUCAAUUACGGCUAUUAAAAGUUGAUAGAAGCUUGACCGCAACGUCAAUAGUGCAAUGCCAUCUCGAGAAUUUCGAUCUCAACAAUGCGCCGCGCUACACGGCACUUUCAUACCGAUGGUCAUACUCGGAACCCGCUGACGCACGGCCGAAACUCGAGGCGAUGGAAGAGGAGCAAUUCCCACUGAUUGUUGAUGGAAAACUGCUACAUGUCAGUGAGAACCUGGCGGACUUCCUCGAAGUCUUCCACGGUGAUGCCAGGAACAAACCCAAUUGGCUUUGGAUCGAUCAGAUAAGCAUUAACCAGAAGAAUACGGUCGAGCGCAAUCAGCAAGUCGGAUUGAUGUCCGACAUCUACAGCCGGUGCCUAUCUCUCAUUAUUUGGCUGGGAAAGGCAUCGGCGCCAGCAGCGCAACUGUUUUGGAAAGACAGUGCUGCCAGGUUGUUACAAAACUCCUACUUUACUAGGAUGUGGAUCGUGCAGGAGAUUUUGCUUGCUAAG